UCUCCUGGCUCCUCCCCACCACCAGUCCCCAUACCUUUGCCCAGUGACAUCACUAGGUCUUGUCCCUUGGCCGAACUAGCUGGUGGCUGGGGCCCGUCCCGGCUGCCAUGUUCUCCCUGCCGUCCCUCUCUGCCUGGCUCCCCAGCCUCCCAUCCCUGGAAUGGGGCUCCAAUCUCCUGGACAGCCUCCUGCAAGGCCUGGUGGGAGCAUUUGGAGUCUCGGUUCUGAGCAGCGUCUUGAAAGUGUACUUCUUCAUGGGCUGUGCCAAUGCCCCCCAGCGGCAGCCUGAGAAGGAGCGCCUGCGGGCGCAGUGGGCCUGGCUGGAGCCCGUGCACCUGGUGGGGCUGGCCCUGAUCCUGAUGGUGGUGGGGGCCCGGGUGGCCGCCCUGGUGGUGCUGGAGUUCUCCCUCCGGGCUGUGUCCACACUGCUGUCCCUGAACAAGGGCCCUGGGAACACAGAACACCUGAAGCUCUACCUGCUGUGCCAGUACUCACUGGGCUGCGGCCUGAGCUGCGGGCUGAGCUUCCUGCAGGAGGGCGCCCCUCACCGCACACUGAACCUGCUGCUGAGCCUGGGGCUGGCUGCACUGCUGGGCUCCAGUGCCCAGCGCCUCCGCCGCCACGUCUUCUGUCUCUACGAACUGCACAGCAGCCAGAACUACUGCGGGGUCUGCCUGGGCCUGCUGGCCAGUGCUUACCGUCUCCCCAGGCUGCUGGGCCGCUCUCUGGCCGUGGCCUUUGCCGUGGGUGACCUGGCAGCUGUGGCCCUCAUCAACCGGGACUUCCUGAGCACCUCAGAGGCUGUGCGUUUCUGGACACCACUCACCAUCUGCUAUGCACUGCUGGUCAUCUACAUGCAGGAAGAGCAGCGGCAUCAGCGCUUCAGCCUGCACAGCCAGGUCCAGACAGUUCUUGUGCGCAUGGGCGGCCUCUUCGUGCUGCUGCUGACUGUGGGCCGCUGGCUGGACCUCCUGGGCAUACUUGUCUCCCUGCUGGGUGAGCUCUGGUGCCUGCUGGGCGUCCAUAUCCUGCUGGACCUCUGCCAGAUACAGAGUUUUCCACCCCUGAGGCCCUCGUCUGGGGCAGCUCCACGCCAGCCCCCAUCUCCCACUGCUACUACCCUGGCAGCCCCGUCCCAGAGGAUGGCGUCUCCUGACAUCCCCAGGGAAGCCCUGGAGUCGGCACAGACACUGGAGAGCUGA